AUGAGGAGAGAAGGUUUGGAGAGAGGCACUGAGGAAGGUUCGGAGCUGCAACCAGCCCUCGUUGUGUGGGGAAGAGCGAAGAACCAUCGACUGGGCAUUCCAUACGCCGAAGGUGACAUAUUCCAGCCGAGCGAACUUCCAAAAAUUGUAUUAGAUCGACUGGUAAGUGAUCGAAGGACGCCCAACCACGUUCUGCAGGUCGCUUGUGGAGGCAGUCACACUGCAAUUCUGUUGCGGAACGGCGCCUUGUACACAGUAGGUCACGGAUUGUACGGACAACUAGGUCUUGGGCAAAGAAUACGUAGGGUUUCCUUACCAACUCGCGUACGAGGCGUACUAGGUCCAGAAGCGAUCACAAACGUGGGUCGCAGCUCUGCCGUAGCCCUGCCGCCCAUAGAGGCCGUGGCUUGUGGACGCUAUCACACUUUCGCAGUCUCGAGCGACGGGAGGCUUUUCUCCUGGGGAGGCGGGAAGAAUGGCCGCCUCGGUACAGGAACAGAGCUGAGGUCGUUCCUACCGUGGCCCGUGAGUACCGUCCAGGAGAAAGUCCCGGGCCAACCAGGCAAUGUUCGUCGCUCGCUAGCAAUCCCCAGUGAAUGCCAGAUCGUCGCUGUUGAGUGCGGGUACCAUCACUCCGUCGCUUUAAGCGCUAUCGGCGUGGUGUAUACUUGCGGAUGGGGUGCCUAUGGCCAGCUGGGUCACGGAAGCUGCAACGACGAACCAUCGCUCUUGGCAGUCACUUUUCGGGACGAACAUGGGAACGCUUUGCCUAAUCUUCGAAUCAUCAAAGUGGCCAGCGGUGACCGACACACGCUCGUCCUGACUGAUGACGGUCGCAUUUAUGGAUUCGGAAGCAAUGAAUACGGCCAACUUGGCAUCACCAUGUCCUGCGAUCAGGAAACAGCAGAGAAUCCCACGAGUAAGCAGUGUGUUUUCUCCGAGCCUCGGCUCCUAACAGGCGGCGCGCUCGCCGGCCGCCGCAUUGCUCAGAUUGCCUGCGGGGAGCGUCACUCGGUCGCUUUGAGUGAUCAAGGUGAAGUGAUCUGCUGGGGUCAUGGUAUGAGUGGUCAGCUUGGCUUGGGCGAGAGUAUCACAAUGACGCCGACUCCGCAAAUUCUCAACACUAGGAAUUCACCACUUGCCUCUCGCAGAGUGACUGGCAUUGCCUGUGGCCACGAGAACACACUUUUUCUAGUGAGCGAUAACGAGAUAUACGUCACGGGUAGCGGCGAAUACGGCUUACUUGGCAUUGGGGCCGGAGCGCCGCGCAUGGCUUUUGAACCCGUCAGAGUGCAGUUGCCACCAGGUUUCCGAGUCGAUCGAGCAACGAUGGGCCAUUUCCACGCCGCUGCUUGGGGAUACCGUUCGCACUGA